AUGAGAUUCAAAAAUCGAGAACAAGCGGGAAAAAUGCUCGCAGAUCGUUUAAUCAACAAGUAUAAUAAUGACAGCAAAGAUUUUAUCGUAUUGGCUUUACCAAGAGGUGGGGUGCCGGUUGCUUAUCAAAUAUCAGAAAAAUUAAAAGCUCCUUUGGAUGUAUUCCUAGUAAGAAAACUAGGUGUAGAAGGGCAAGAAUUAGCAAUGGGUGCAAUUACCGAGACAGCUACAGUUUUUAACCAUGAUAUUAUUGAUAUGUUACGAAUUGAUGAGAAGUCGAUUAAACGUGUUAUCGCUAAAGAAAAAAGCGAAUUACAACGUCGUAAUAAAAAAUAUCGCAAGGGUAAAACCCCUGUUGAUGUAUCUGGAAAGAUCGUAAUAUUGGUAGAUGAUGGAAUCGCAACAGGUGCAACAAUGAGUGCUUGUUGCACUUCAUUAAAACAAUUAAAUCCCAAAAAAUUGGUCGUGGCGGUACCAGUAGCAGCCUCUGACACCAUUUCGAAAAUAAUUAAAAAAGUAGACGAUGUUGUAUGUGUUUUGACACCAGAGAAUUUAAUGGGUAUCGGACAAUGGUAUGAAGAUUUCACUCAGGACCAAGAAGUUUUAGAAUUAUUGGAAAAGGCAGAGAAAGUGUGUCCAAUUCCUACAUUAUCAUCAGAUAAAGCCGAAGAUAUUCAAGAUAAAAGCAUUGUUGGGAUGAAUGAAUGA